UCCUCCUCAUUCCUCAUCCUCGCCCUCGCCAUGUGUGCAUCUCUUCACUGAAACUGAGGUCAGACGAAGCGGUGGAGUAUAAUUACUUUCUUAGCCGUUGAAGUAAUUCAAUUCAAUUAACGGACCCAAAGAUCUCGCUGCAUGAUUGAAAAGUUCCAAUUGAUUGUUUGAUUAACGAUGGACAACUUGAGGAUUGUCAUCUCCAACAUUGGAGCAGGAACAACUUUUCUUGAGUUGAAUGAUCUUUUCGCAAAGUAUGGUAAUGCAAAAGUUAUCUCCUUGGUACAGGAGAAAUUUGGUGGAGACAGGCUACGUGCGUUUGUAGAUUUUUCUUCUCAACAUGCAAUAAAUCAAGCUAGAAAAGAUUUAAGUAAGCAACCGCCCGGCUAUUGGGAAUUUUCAGAGCCUUUCAGAGGCAAGAAGACUUCCUUCACUCAGCAUGAUAGUGCAAGAGGCAAGUCCAAUUUUAAAGAUCUCAGCACUAAACAACACUCCCAAGAAAAUAUUAACCCUAAUAUGGAUAUUCCACGAUCAAUCAGUGUAAAUUAUGAAACUGGUGUCCGGAGGGCAUUUUAUGGUCAUGGGUCGCAAGAGUCCUCAGUAAUUGACUUUACCAGACCCAGUUAUGAGGAAGACUAUCAACCAUUUGGAAGUGACACAAGUUUUGAAAGUGGGAGAGGUCCACUCGGAAGAUUUGGCAGGAACGAGCGUCCGCCCUCACAAAUGGACAAUCGAUAUGAGCAAAACCCUUAUCCACCAAGAAAUGGAGGGCAGUUUAAUUCCGCGCGAGGUCCAUUUAACAAUGACUACAAGCAGUCUUUUGGAAGAGGCGCCAUGUUUUCCCCAGACAGUAAUUACAACUACAAUCGGCCAUUCGGAAGGGGAGGUAUGCUUCCCAAUAUAAAUGAAUAUGAAUAUGGAGGACCUAGAUCUGCAAGACCCUACUCAGACUAUGGCUCCACCGGACGAGGAAGGGGAAGAGGAGCACCUCUGUACAGAAACAAUGGGCCACCAUUUAACGAUUACGGCCCAGGGCCGUAUCCACCAGGAAACCCUCCUUAUGAUCCCUAUCAGAACGAUUAUUGUGGACCCUCUCCCUACUAUAACGAUUAUGGAACUCAAGCAUCCAAUUAUGAUAAUUAUAGAGAGCCUCUUUCAAAUCGUGGACCCCCUCCAAGAAACAGUUUUGGGAAAGGAGGACCACCUCCCCAAAAUUACUCAAGGAAUGACCGCUUUGAAGACGCGCCUCCACAUUAUGCAAGCAACCAAAAUGAGUAUUAUGAUUCACAUGGUGACUUCCGAGCUCCUUCCAGGGCAGUUGGUUUCAGGAAUGAUUCUUAUGGUGAUUCACAUGUUGACUUCCGAGCUCCUUCCAGGGCUGUUGGUGUCAGAAAUGAUUCUUAUAGAAACCGAAACUCAUGGAGUCAUGAAACGUCUUCAAACGAAUCUUUUUCACAAGGAAACACAGAUUUCAGUAAAGGAAGGGCUUCACCGACUAAGACCAAUCAAAGGCAGAAACAAAGUGAUUCUCGCGAUGGAAGUCGGCUCAAAGGCAAAAGUUCAGCCAGAGAGCGGCCAGAUAGUUCAGAUGAAAAUGUUGACCAAAAAAAAGGUUAUGAGUACAAGGAGGACGCUGAUAAAUCCAUCAGGCCAAAAAGCGUAGCUGCCGGGUCCUUCAAAGAUUCAUCAAAAGAUGCCAAGUCACAAAAUUAUGACAAAUAUAGUAAACAACAAGGACCAGAAUGUUCAUCAGGCGGAAGCUCUAGCCAUUUUAGAGGCACUGGACUGAAGAAAGAGGCAAGUGAAGACUGGACCAAUAAUCGAGGUCCAAAGAGCUCUGUCAACGAGCGUUUACAACGGAAGAGGCAAGACGAUCAGACUGUUGAAAUUGUUGAUGACUCUAACAAGGACAGGAAGUCAAAUAGAAGGCCAAAUCAAGAACCUUCCUCCAAUAAUUUGGACGGAGCUAGAAGGAAGUCAGAUGGUGACAGAGGAAAACAAAAAAGGCAAGAUGACGGUGCCUCUAACUUUAAUGGCACUAGACAAAGUAAUUUUUCAAAUGAAAAAAAAGACAAUGCCCCGGAGAAAUCUAGAAGCAGAAUGCCUUCACAGAAGGACGACAAUAAUGAUGAGAGAUCUAGUCAGCACGCGUCUGCGUAUCGGAAAGACGGCCGCGCUGAUAGAACUAAUAGCCGAGCGGCAUUUGGGAAAAAGGACGGUGAAUGGGACAGGCCGAAGAGUCGAGGAGGGUCUGAGAAGAGAGACUCCAGGGGACCGAGAAAGGGGAUGGAGGCGGCAGCAGCAGCUUUCCCAGAGCCAGUUAAUGAAACAGAAGAGGACAUUCUCAAUAUCUCUUCCAGAAAAAUUGAGAUCAAUGGUGAUGGUAGUAGCAUGGUCAAUGGAGAAGUCUCUAUGAGAUCCCAAAAAUUUGGCCAACAGAAGCAUGGAACCUGUGGAGAUACCACGUCACACAAACACUCUGAAAAACCUCAUGCUGAUUCAUCAACGGCAUCAACAUCCGCCAAGUUAUCCUCCGGAACUUUUACCAAGGUUUUUGUGAGCCAUAGAAUUUCUCCUGGAUUUUUUUUUGUACAAUCUACUGCUGAUGCAAAUAAAAUCUGCAAGCUAACAUCAGAAAUCAGUAACAUCAGUGAUGAAGCUCCUCCACUGAAAGAAGUUAUAGUAGGCGCAAAGUGUUUAGCACAAUACAAAGAUGACAAGCUAUGGUACCGUGCUCAUGUUAAAAAAAUCAACAAGGAAGAAGUCACCGUUGGUUUUAUAGAUUACGGAAAUCUCGAGAUUUGCCAAAAGGCUGAAUUAAAAGAACUUCCCAGUCAAUUGGCUUCAGUGAAACCUCUUGCUUUCAAGAUCAGACUAUUGGAUGAGUCACCAAAAGAAGCAAAAUUUACGAAGAAUAACGAGACUUUAGAUGUUCGCCUUGUUGAAAAGAGGGACGGCGGAAUCUGGCUUGUGGAAGCGAAGGAAAAAAGGCACAGUCAUGAUGAUCCAGGCAAUAGUGUGUUACCAACUGUGAGUGACAAAUUAAAAGAACUUGAGGUAGGAAUGCAGUCCUCUAAACCCAGUGGCAAAUCAACAGCUGAGCCUGCCUGUCCUCUACCUACAAAUGAGUAUUCUGAAGUUGUCGUGCAAGUAGCUGAGGCUCCAAACAUUUUCUACGUACAUACCAUGGAAGGCGCUCGCAAAAGUCUUGAAUAUAUGAAAAAAAUUGCUUCCACUGUGGAACAACAAAGAUCUUUGUCAAAAAUUUCCAAAGAUUUAAAUUGCCUGGCUUUUUUUAAAGAGGACAAUAAUUGGUACCGAGCGAAGAUUCUUGAUUAUUCUGAAGAAGAUGUUUCAAUAGCUUUUAUUGACUAUGGUAACAGAGAAAAAGUCAACCCAUCCAUGCUAAAAGAAUUACCCCAGGAGUUGCAGGGUAAACCACUUGCAAUCAAAAUUAAGCUAUCUGAAACAACAUCUUCUGCACAGUUCAAUAAGAAGUUCGGAGAUAAAUUACAAGUCAAACCAACAUCAAGACUUGAUGACGGAACGUGGAAUGUUGAGGUUCUUAACAGCACCACUAAAGAAAAUAAUAAUUCAAGAAAAACAGCUUCCAAGGAAGUCGCCAAAGAAGGGUCGCCACCAGCUGCCAAGAAAACCCCCUCGGAUACCUUCCAAGAAGUUAGCAGCGGUCAAAAUAGUUCGGAAUCCAAAAGUUUGCGGAUGCCCAAGUCAGCAACUUGCCCGAUCGACACCAAAACAGUCUCAGAGGUCAUAUUCACUUGUGCCCGAAACAACUUUUACUUCGGUCAUCCUUCUACUAAAGCACCUGAGCUGCUAGCUCUGCAGAAGUCCAUGCUAAAUCAGGGAUCCCUUGGAUUCCCACUAGCGGACCCUCAGAUCAACGAUCUUUGUGCUGUGAAAGUGGAGCAGGACUGGUGUCGAGGUCGUAUCACGCAUCUGACACAUGAGUUGACACCUGAAGUGACCGUCUUUCUUAUUGAUUACGGAGAUCUCAUUGUUUUUACGGUUGACAAGCUGAAGGUGUUGCCUGUUGAUCUUGAAACGCCCAGUGGGUUUGUGUCCAAAUUUGAAAUCGCCGGUGAUAAAAAAGUCGAACUGUUUAAAAAAAUCAAGGUCAAGCCAGUCAAGCGUUCGGAUAAGUCUGAUUGUUGGAUUCUAGCUGUUCAAGAAGACGCCUCUGGGCCUAAGUCAAGUGAUGAAAAACCCAUGACGUCAGCUGAAGUGAAGACUUGUACCAGCUCCUUGCCUCCAGUAUCCAGAACGUGUCCCUUACCCCAAGAUCUUUACACUGAGGUGUCUGUACUGUGUUUAGUAAGAGAUGACACUUAUUAUGGUCAACCAGCCACCCUUCUGCGUGAUACCAACUUACUUCAUGAGGAGCUGCAGGCUCAGGCCGACAAGAUCGAUAACUUUUGCCUCAUGAAAGAUAUUGCGGUAGGCAGUUUAUGCUUAGUCAAGUAUUCAGGUGACUGGUACCGUGCAGAGAUUCUAUCCAUCGCACCUCUGAAGGUGCAAUUGCUUGACUAUGGAGAUUGCAUUUCAUGUCCCGCUGAAAAUCUCAGGGAAAUACCCACGGAGCUCAAGCCAAGAUCCAGGACCAUCUUCAAGUUCAAACUUGCUGAGAAUGCAUCGAAGAAGUAUUAUAAGAAAAGCGUUUACAGUUGUUUGAAGAUCAAACCUCUCCACUUUUCAGAAAAGGAUAACAGUUGGGUUGUGGCUGUGGAAGGAGAUCCCUGUCCACCAACUAGUUUGAACGACGUCACUGAGAAGAAACCAUCUGUCCAACCAGGAACAUCUCCAGUGAAGGCAAGCCCAAAAUCUGACAUUCCCGCACAAAAUACUCCUCAAGAUCAGUGCCCUGUAAAAGAAAACGUAUCCUCCACGGCAUCAAACAAGCAUUCAGUGGAAAAAUCACCAGUGGAAGUAACCCAAACACAGAAGCCUACUUGCCCCAUUGACAGGAACUCAUUCACAGAAGUAACCGUUACAUCUGUUCAGAAAGCCAAAAGUGGUGUGUUCUUUGGACGACCUUCUAGUUGUGAGGAAGAAAUGAUUGAACUUCUGAAAGUCCUUCAUUCAGUCGGAAAAAACUGUGCAGUACUCGAAAAGCCUGCAAUCGGCGAUAUUUGUUUUGCCUUGUAUGAAGAGCUAUGGUAUCGUGGUAGAAUCAUAGCUGUGGACAAACAGGUCCGGACUGUGGAGCUCAUUGAUUAUGGAGAUGUAAUUACCAUACCCUUUGAUUACGUGGGUGUGAUAUCUGAUGACCUUAAGAGCAAACCUAUCACGUGCUUCAAGUGGCGAUUCGUUGAUGGAACUUCACCAGAUCUAUUUCCAAAGUGUGCGGAUGAGAAGAUAAUUUUGAAACCAGUCCAGUAUGAUGAAGAACUAGGUGGAUGGAUCAUGACAGUCAAUAUGGAAAGCUCCUCUGUCCAACCGCCGUCUGUAACUAUCAAGGUUCCUCCCAUCCCAGCAGAUGAGUUCACAUCGGUGACCACCACAUCUAUAGAAAGGGCUGAAGAUGGUAUUUUCUUUGGGCAACCGUCUAGUCAUGAUGCAGAUAUGGUGAAACUUUCUCAAAUCCUCCAAAGAGUUGGACAAACUUGCGAAGAACUCAUCAAUCCUGCAAUUGGUGAUCUUUGUUUUGCCUUCUACGAACAAGAGUGGUAUCGUGGUAGAAUCGUAGCUGUGGAUGAGAAGGUCCGCACUGUGCAGCUUAUUGACUAUGGGGAUGAAGUUUCUCUACCUGCGGACUGUGUAGGCAUCAUUCCUGAUGACCUCAAGAAUAAGCCUGUCUACUGCUUCAAAUGGCGGUUUGUGGAUGGAACGUCACCAGACUUAUUUCCAAAAAAAUUCCUUGCAUCUGUAGCCCUGAAACCAGUUCAGUAUGAUGAAGAAUUUAACAGUUGGAUUAUGGCAGCUAAUGAAGGCUGUGAUAGCGAGAUCCCCAUCCUCGAAACAAAGUUAGGGCUAUCGUGUCUGGAUGGAGGAAGAGUAUGUCCCUUGCCUUCUGAUAAAUACACCACUGUGAUUAUUACUUGUCCAGUACGGCAAAACGUAUUCUAUUGUCAAAAUCAGGAGCUUGAAGAUGAAAUGGCUGCUGCGGAUAAGAUUGUUCAGUCAGAAGGCCACAACGCUGUGGAACUAAAAAAUGGAAAACAAAAUGAUUUUUGUCUUGUACAAUAUCUCAGUAGGUGGUGGCGCGCGAAAAUUUUAAGUAUUGAGCCGGACCCAAUUUUGCAAUUAAUUGAUGUUGGGGAUGUCAUCAAAGCUUCUGUUAAAGAAUUAAAGAAGUUAGGUCCAAAAUUACUUGCCUAUCCCUGCUUUUCCAUCAAAAUUAUGUUUUCAAAGAAAACUUCACCAAUACAUUUCAACAAAAAUGUCGAAGAAUGCAUCGCAGUUAAACCUGUGAAAUUCUCAGAAGAAUACAAUUGUUGGAUUGUUGAAGUGGAUAGGUGAUGACUUCUAGGUACAAUCUUUCAAAACAGGUGUUAGAAAUUUCCUGAUUCUCUCUUAUUUAUCCUUUUGAACUUCACAGCGUUACAAAUUAAUCAUGUCUGAAUAUUUAAAAGCAACAUUUUUGUGACCUCCAAAACAAAUUGGAUUGCAUUUUGCAAAAAGGAACCACUAGCAUUGCAAUGUUACCAAGAUUGUGCAACUUCUUUUGUCUUGGAGGAACAACCCGA